AUGUUGUGGAAUGAUUCUAUAAUUGUGAUAUUCAAGCUUUACGCUAGCAAGCCUUGUGCUGGUGACUUUGAUCGGGCUUUGUGCUUAGCAGGCUUAGUACCGGUGAAUAAAUAUCAGACCUUGGGUCUAGCAGGCCUUGUGCCGGUGGGUGAUUCAGGCUUACGCCUAGCAGGUUUUAUACUGAUUUUGGUUGUAAGUUUCGAGCUCGAGGAUCGUUAUCAAAGUCAUCCACACUAUCGUCAACUUUUGGCCAAUGUGGUGGUCGAUGCACUAAGCUGUAAGGCUAUGAUUGAACUGAGAACAAUGUUUGCUUGUCUUAGCUUAUUGGACAAUGGUAGUUUGUUAGUUGAGCUCCAAGUUAAAAUAGUGUGGAUUGAGCAGAUUAAGAGUAAACAGUUGGAGGAUAAGUCUUUGGGUCUUCGAUUCUGUCAGGUCGAAAAUGGUAAUACUGUGGAUUUUGGGCUAAACGAUGAAGGGGUACUCUAUUUCCAAGGCAGAAUUUGCAUACCUAAGGAUACUGAUUUGAGAAAGACUUUACUGCGGGAGGUGCAUAGUAGCCUCUAUGGUAUGCACCCAGGUGGAAAUAAGAUGUACAGAGAUCUUCGUGAGGUUAAAGCAGAACAUCAGUUGCUUUCUAGGUUACUUCAGCCGGUUAAAAUUCUGAUGUCGAAGUGGAAAAGAGUAACUAUGGACUUUGUAAGUGGGCUACCCCUAAUGUCUUCUAAGAAAGAUUUUUUGUGGGUUAUCGUGGAUCAAUUGACCAAAACUGCCCAUUUCAUACUAGUUCGCACAGAUUAUUCGUUGCAGAAACUGGAUAAGCUGUAUGUAUCAGAGGUAGUGAGACUGCAUGGGGUACCAGUUUCUAUAAUGUCUGACAGAGAUCCUUGCUUCACGUCUCGGUUUUAG